AUGGGGGAACUUUCCACAUUAAAAUAUCUAAAAUAUGGAGUUCCUCAGGGUUCAAUUUUGGGUCCACUUCUGUUUUUAAUUUAUAUCAAUGAUUUGCCGAAUUGUUUACAACACUCUACAGCACGCAUGUUCGCGGACGAUACUAACAUUACAGUGUCUGGUAAAUUAAUUAAGGACGCUGAGGUGGCCGUUAAUGCUGAUCUCAAUAAUAUCAGAGAAUGGAUUCUAUCGACCAGGCUCUCUCUUAACAUUGUCAAAACAGAAUAUCUUUUGAUUGGAUCACGCCACAAUAUUAACAC